AUGUCAAAGGAAACUCCACGGAAAAUGCUCUACCCGCAGUUUCCUGCAGGAAAGCUUCCGCUAUCAGCAGACAAAGGCAAAUACAACAGCUACCCCUUUAAAAGCUCGCCUGCCGACUUCACUGCGAAUACUCUUCCGCUAAUCUCAGGCCCCUUUGUGGUUGUUGUAGUUGUGGAAAAGACACGAAAGGAGGAUGAGGGUGUACUUGCCAUGACAGAGACUAGAGAUUCCGCGGAUGAAAAAAUAAUCGUGCGAGCCAACACCAGCGAAUCCGACACUAGCUAUAGCUACGAUGCCAAGGAAUACAAAGCGGGUUUGUUAGUAUCUGGGAAUAAAAAGGCGACGCAUGAAACGAUCGAGAAGCCGAAACCACAAAGUGCAACCGGAAAUAAAAACCGUGGUCUGGCAAGCUAUUUGAGUGCUCUGAAAAUUACACGAAAGCCAACGCAUUACAGAGACAGAGAGCCAGUGUCGCCCGAAGAAUUCUUGAUUUCGCUACCCCUUCUUCAAGCUCGAUCCCCUUACUGGGCAAAUCUGCUUAACGAGACUCAAAUAACCAUUGAACCAUUGGAGAUUAAGGCAAUUCCGGGUAUCGUCUCUCCUCAGAGUGUCGCCAUGUUAUUUCAUUGGUGGUAUCGUGAAGACCUUGUUUGGAGUGAUCUAGAGUCACAUCACAAGAAUGAUGUUUCUAAUAUGAUAGAGCUGGCCCAUUUGAUGGUGCAUUGGCAGGUCCACGACCCCAACCUGGAACUCUACAUUACCUCAGCGGUCAAACAUAUUGUCACGAAAUACGGCAAACACAAUAACCACAAAUUCUUUAGCGAUGACCAUAUUGAGUCGGUUUUCUCCUUGCGCCAUGGCCAUUCGCUCCAAGAUCUUCUUGUCAUGGCUGCUAUUGAGCCUUACUUUGGCAAAGAUGAACGAGGUUAUGUACCAAAAAUCCUCAACAAGCCCGGCGGUGCUGAAUGGUUGUUGCAGUGGGUCCAUAUCACCAUGAACUCUAUCUCCCUUCUUGGAAAAAAUACCCCAAACUUCAAAGAUCCUUUUAGCGGUCAUUGGUUUGAUAUCAUGCCCGAAGCAAAGAGAUACUAG